GCCAGGUCAAAGGUCGCCCACCCACAAUGCAUUGCGGUUGUGCUUCGUUAAAAAAAAUCUGUCGUGACGUCUUGGAGAAGUCAACAACAGCGUCUUACUCUGAUUCCGGAGGUUCCUUAAACUUGUAAGGGAAUUCCAGAGGAUUUCCAGGGUCUUGAGGACCAAGAGAAGCUGGAGGUUUGAGGCGAAUGCCGGCGGAGGAGGGAGAGAAGCGCUCCAGAGAUCGCGAAAAGGACCGGAAGUCUCUGGACAACAUGGCGGAGCGGGAAGACAGGAGGAGGCGAUCUCCACUGGUGGAAAAGAAGUCCAAAGACUCCCAGAGGAGGAGGGAGGAGGAAAGGCUGGACCGGAGACACACGGACAGACCAAAACAGCGCUCACGGAGCCCUGCAAGGAACGACAGCAGGGACAGAGGGAAGGAAAGAAGCAGGGAGGGAGAGAGGCGGAGAGACAGAAGCAGAGAGAGGGACCACAGGAGGGGAGGGAGGGAGGAGGGGUGGGGAGGAAGACAGCAGCACAGGAGAAGGGAUGAGCGAGAGAGAGAGGAGAGAAAGUUGGUGAGAGUGAAGGAAGAAAGAGACAGGAACGAUGAGAGAAGACGGGAAGACAGGCAGAGGAAACCUGAGAACCCAUUCCAGGGUGAGGAGGGUGGCGCAGAGGGGGAGGGGGGCGAAGAGGAGGCAGACAAGGACCAACCCAACUUCGAGCUCUCCGGAGCGCUGACCGAAGAGACCAACAAGUUCCGAGGCGUGGUGAUUAAGUACCGCGAGCCGCCGGAGGCGCGGAAACCACGGAAAAGAUGGCGGCUGUACCCGUUUAAGGGCGAGGAGGCGCUGAAACCGCUACACAUCCACCGCCAGAGCGCGUACUUGCUGGGACGCGAGAGACUCGUGGCGGACAUCCCAAUCGACCACCCGUCGUGUUCCAAACAGCACGCGGCGCUCCAGUACCGGUUGGUCGAUUACGAGAAACCGGACGGCACGACGGGGCGGCGCGUGAAACCGUACAUUAUCGAUCUCGAGUCCGCGAACGGGACGUACGUGAAUAACCAGCGCAUCGAGGCGAGUCGGUAUGUGGAACUUCUGGAGAAGGAUGUGGUGAAGUUCGGGUACAGCUCGCGGGAAUACGUGUUAUUACACGACACUUCCGACACGUCCGGUGUGCAGGCGGGGGAAGAUGAUGAAGGAUUGGAUGACUAGACGCCGCACUCGUGUGUCCAUUAGCGCUUUGUUUUUGUCAGGGCUAUCUCCAGGACCUGUGCCGCCGGAUGGAGAUUUACUUGUUUGGAUGUACAAAAAUUUCA